AUGUCCAAAUCAUCUGGUGGCCAAUUCAGCAAUGUUUCAUCCGCUAAUACUCCUACUACUCCCUUUGAGGGAAUUUUUGAUGAAAAGAUGACGAAUAAUGAUACCAAUCGAGAUGACUCGCUCCUGACGGGUCAUUUUCAAACGGACUUGACGAAUUUGCCUGAUAUCACCUCGGUCAUACUGGGAGAUCAACAUUCCUUGGGUCAUUCCUCGUUGAAUACCAAUGACUACCACACUGUACCAUCGGAUCGUCAGCAAAUUGUGGCCCCAGGAGUGACCAUGGUCCCAAUGGACACUGGGACGACAUCGCCAAAACACGAGUUGAAGCAGCGUACACUAGAAAAGAUACAACGAGACUACUAUGUGACAUGGGCUCGAGGCGGCAAUGACAAAGACAAGUACACGAGUGCCUACAUUAGCCCAUUUACCAGUGAGAUUUUUCUUUCCGGAGAGCUCAUCAAUCAUCAAGUUGGAAGCAAGGAUAACCUUGUUUGGUACCAAAACAAGGAAGAUGCACAAGAUGCGGCUGUUGCUAGAGCAUUGGACUGUUUUGAACUACGAGAACGAUCCCAACGACCAUUUGGAUUGAGAGUGAAGGAAGCUCCAUAUGAAAUGGACUGUGGUCCACCCUUGCCUGCCUUGGUACCUGCAGAAGCCCGACGCUUUGGACUGGUUCACAACAAGCCCCACAAUGUAAAUACAGUGCCACCUGGCUUUUCCGCGGAUCUAUCGUCCAUGAGUUCCGGCCAUCAUCAUCAAGACACUAAACGCACCGCAACAGCAGCAACUCCGAAAAUGCGGGACAGGAACACACAUCCCAUUUCGACUCUGGCGGAAUUUUAUCGCAAAAGUGACUUUUUUGAACAACAGCACAGAGGCACAACGCUCACCAAGGCAAACUUUGUGACCUGGUCCGAUGGGCUAGACCACGUCCGCAGAUUCACAGGUGCCCUUGUCUGUCCGAUAUACGGUGAGAUUUUUCUUUCUGGCAAUUGGACCCAUCACGAAGACGACUGCCACGAAACCAAUGACGGACUGGUGUGGUACUCGUCCAAGAAGAAAGCCGAGGGAGCAGCUGCUGCUGUGGCACACGAUUGCUAUUCCCUUCGCUACCAACUGUCAACGGACACGGCGAUUGACGAAGUGCGAUUCUGCAUUGAAGAUCCAUAUGAAAAAAGUCCAAGAUCGGAGACUGACAUUGCUCGAUUGGUUCCUCCCGAGUAUUGGAUUGACAUUCAAAAGCUACAAGAGUCGUCUCGUUCUGGAUAUACGGUAGUUCUGUAG